CAGAAACCCUCCAUGGAGACUAACAGAGAACCACCCGUCGGAAAAACCCAUCACUCAAGCAACGCCACCGCCAGCAAAAAGCCUCCAAGGCUGUCCAUGGAGACCCUCCGGAGAACAAUCUCCGACAUGUCGUUCGAACUCACGGCACCGGACCCUCCAGCCGCCGGCGCUCUUCCUCCGAUACCGGAGGUAGCCGAGGAGGCCAAGUGCGAGUGCUGCGGGAUGUCGGAGGAGUGCACGGCGGAGUACGUUCGGUGCGUGAGGGAGAAGUUCGCCGGAAAGAUGGUGUGCGGGCUGUGCUCGGAGGCGGUGAAGAUGGAGAUGGAGAAGAACGGCGGGAAGAGAGAGGAGGCUUUGCAAGAGCACAUGAAUGCUUGUGUGAGUUUCAAUAGGGUUGGGAGAGCUUUCCCUGUGCUUUGCCAAGCUCAGGCCAUGAGAGAGGUGUUGAAGAAUAGCAGAGGUAAGUCUCUCAGCCCUAGAGAUAAUCCAAUGUCUCAUCACAAAGGUGGGAUUGCCAGGAGUUCAAGUUGUAUUCCAGCCAUUAUUGCCAAGGAUUAUCUUCAAAAAUAGACUCAACUAGGUUUAAUUUUGACACGUUUAGUUCUAAACUUUCAAUUUAAUCAGUCAUGGUUCUUCAUCAAUUUUUAAAUUUAACGAUCCUCCCUUGGUCCGUCAACUUUCAAAUUAAUCAUCCCUCAUGUUUCAACUUUUAAAUUUUUAAUCAGAUUUUAACUUUGCCUUUACUUAAACUAAGGGAAGGACCACAAUUGCUUAAAUUUGAAAGUUAAAGGACCACGGGUGGUUAAAUUAAAAAUUUAGGAUUAAACGUGGCGGUGCCACUUUCAAUUUAACCACUCAUGGUCUUUCAAUUUUCAAAUUUAACCGCCUUUGUUCCUUCAACUUUCAACUGAACCACCCAUUGCCUUUCAACUUUCAAAAUUUUAAUCGGAUUCUAACUUUGCCCUUACUUAAACUAAGGGAAGGAUCACGAUUGGUUAAAUUUGAAAGUUGAAGGAUCACAUACGGGUGGUACGGUUAAAUUGAAAAUUUAGGGCUAAACGUGGCGAUACCACUAUACUCAUAGGACCCCAACUGGUGUUAACUCUUUAGAGUGUUAGUCUUUGAUUAGAAUGGUGUUCAGUACGAAAAGAUCAUAUACGGGAAGACCGAUCAAAUCUAAUUAGUCUUAGAUUGGUUAAAGAUGCGAUAGUCGAGAGAUCAAAAGUUGAAAUCAACUCGUACUUUACAUACACAUGCAUAUAUAUCAGCAUAUCAUAGUGAAA